AUGUUUCGGGGAUUUGUACCUUGCAGCUGUGACCGAUGCAGCAGCAAUGCGAUGGAAAACGUCCAAGAGAGCGGUCCUGAUUUGGUACAGCAUGCGGUUCUGUCUCACGUGGAAACGGUCCAAGGUUUGAGAGCCGCACGACGAGGAAGAAAGCCGCUUCACAGCAUGUUGAAACGAACCAGCGCGAGAUUUCAGGCAGCGACGUCGCGGCUGUGCAGCACGAGAGUAGAUGGCAAGGCCAUCAAAGCCAUCACUACCUUGUGCAGGCGCAUCAGCCACAGUCGUCGCACAUGCAGCACCACUCAGAUCAUGCGCAACAACAGCGGCAACAGUAUCAGCAGCAGCACACGGACCCCCAGCAGCGCCAUCAACAGCCGCAGCAACAUCAUCAUCAUCAGCUAG